AGAAAGAAAAGUAGGGAAUGUUUGAAACAAGCCUUGUGAAAAAACAGGGAAUAAAAAUGCCAACACAUGAAAAUAAAGUAAAAUUUCCAGUCAUUACGGAUGCUUCGCAGGGGAGGCAGGUGAUUUUGGAUUUAUAGUGGUACCAAAAUAUGUGUGCUCUUCUCAGUAGUUAUAAGACCAGCAGUAUCUAGCAUAGCAGAUAAACAGGGUCUUUCAGAUUCGAAGUUUUAUAAGGCAGAUAUGACAAGUGUUAAAGAAUUCUGGAUUAUUCCAAGGGAAUUAUUGAGAUCAUAGACCAUGGAAUCCAGGAGUGAUAGGGAUAGGGGAGAAAGUAAGGUGAAGAUACGGUGAUCUGGCAUCACUUCCGAUCUUGAGGGACAGGGCAAAAGGAAAAGAAGUAUGAUGGUCAAGACUUCACAGAGGAAGCAACAUGAUUGUGGAAACCAAUCCAAACUGAAGUCUCGCUUAAGUGUCUCAAUCCCUUUGAGGAUGUCCAGUUAUGUAUUUAAGACGCCAGUUACCAGAAUCACAGCCCAUCCUGGCAACGAGGUCAGAUGCCAUCACUGGGAGGGAACCUUGGAUAAGCCCCAACAGGUUUGCUGGCAAAAGAGACUGCAAGGUCUCCAGGCCUGCAGCAGCACAGGGGAACCAUUAAGCACUUUGGACCUUGCCAAAGCCUUGCAAAAGCUCGCACCUCAGUGGACAGGUGGCUAUCUGCCAGGUGUUCUUGCAGGUGGCCCGAACUCGAGCCCCAUGCCCAUCCUUGCCAGCUCUUCGGAUUUGGCCAAGAUGAUUCCAGAAGCUGGUCUGGGUAUCCCGCAGCUCAUGUGCAAACAAUUUCUGGUGACUGAGGAGGAUAUCAAGAAACAAGAAAAGAAAGUGAAGACGGCAAGAGAAAGGCUGGCUACAGCACUGGCUAUAGACAGACUCGCUAGCGAGGCAGAAAAAGUGAGGGGCCAAGAAGGACAUCUCGAAAAACACCACGAAGAAAAGGAGAGCCCUGUGUAGAUGGAAUGCAGCACAGCACUUUAUUAAUGUCCCUUUGCAGUGUCCAUUGUGUCUUCGUGCUCUGAGCCCCUGAAACUUAAGUAUGUACCAAUACUUUCCUUGUAUUAAAUUGUAUUGUGUGACACAA